AUGCAAGCUCCAUCCCAAUCUCUCACCCAGUCUUCAAGUGCAGCGGUGGCUGCUCAAUCUACAAUCCUCGCGCCUCCAAAUCUUGCUCCUGAUGAUACGGACUGGAUUUCAAAUGCCAGUGUCACUCUCAAGGUGCUUGCAGGUGCAGGUGAACUCGAUCACACAGGCAUCACAAAGGCAAUUGCAAAUAUUGCUCUCCCAAUUCUGGAGCUGGUUCAGAAUAAUAAGAAAGCCCGUGAAGAUCUUAAGGACACUGUCAAGUACCUUGAUCAUAUGCUUGGCUAUGUCUCUGAAGAGAUCAAGCUCCUUCGAGAGGGUCAAUCCUUGACAGAUGUUUCAACUCACCCACUGGCACACCUACAGCAAAUGGGUGAUGAAUUUGUCAAUCACCUUGGAGCUUUGAAGGAUGAUUUGAACAAGAUCUAUGGGAAGAAGGGGUUUCAGGCUACUAUGAAGAAAAUGUUUCAGAGAGAAGCUAUUCUGGGACGUAUCAACCAGCAUAAAGAGUAUGUCAAGGAAGCUCAAGAUAAGCUUGUGGCAACUGCUGUUCUUUCAGUUACUAGACAAGUUGAAAAUAUGGAUGCAAGGGUGACUAUUAAGUUCUUCAAGAAUGACUCAAUCUAUCAAUCUACUGAUUAG